AUGGCUCUGACCUCGAAUUUGAAGAAACAAUCACAACUGAAAGAGGUAGCAGGGAUCCCCCUGCAGAGUACCACUGUAGACAACUGGAGCCAGAUCCAGAACUUUGAGGUGAAGCCGGAUGAUCUUCUCAUCUGUACUUACCCUAAAGCAGGGACAACGUGGAUUCAGGAAAUUGUGGACAUGAUUGAACGUGUGGAAAAAGCCAAUGCGAUGCCUGCUCCAYGGAUACUAAGGACUCACCUUCCUACUCAGUUAUUGCCACCAUCGUUCUUGGAAAACAACUGCAAGUUCCUUUAUGUAGCUCGAAAURCCAAAGACUGUAUGGUUUCCUACUACAAUUUCCAAAGGAUGAAUCAAGUGCUACCUGACCCUGUAACCUGGGAAGAGUAUUUUGAAACUUUCAUUGAUGGAAAAGUGGGUUGGGGCUCCUGGUUUGASCAUGUGAAAGGAUGGUGGCAGAAGAAAGACAGAUAUCAGGUUCUCUUCCUCUUCCAUGAGGACAUAAAGAAGGACCCAAAACAUGAAAUUCAGAAAGUGGCACAGUUCAUGGGAAAGAACUUGGAUGAAACCAUGCUGGAUAAAAUUGUCCAAGAGACAUCAUUUGAGAAAAUGAAGGAGAAUCCCAUGACAAAUCAUUCUACAGUUCCCAAAUCUAUCCUGGACCAGUCCAUUUCCCCCUUCAUGAGAAAAGGAACUGUGGGGGAUUGGAAAAACCAUUUCACUGUGGCCCAGAAUGAAAAGUUUGAUGAAAUAUAUAGGGAGAAGAUGAAAGGAGUCACUAUAAACUUCUGCAUGGAACUCUGA